GCGCGUUGUGAAGAUCGACCACCUCUUUAUCCAUCACCGAUCCCAUGGCAAGACCGCCGAAGAACAUCUGGGUCGCUGCUGGUGACGGCGACCUCGCACGCGUCCAGGAACUCAUCGAGGGCGAAUCCCUGUCCCCCAAUGUGCCCGAUGAGAACACGUACACGCCCAUGCAUGCAGCCGCCUCGUACGGUCAGCUCCAGGUCCUUGAGUACUUGAUCUCAAGAGGUGGAGAUGUCAAUGUGACGGACUCUGAUGGCGACACACCGCUGUACACCGUCGAGGACAUCCCCACCGCCCAGUGGCUCGUCAAUCAUGGCGCCACCGUCGUCCGCACAAAUAACGAAGGCUUAUCGCCCAUUGACCACCUCCGCGAAGACUUUGAAGAGGUCGCCACCUUCCUCGAGGGCCUCGUCAGCGGUCAGGCCAACGGCGCGUCAACAAAUGGCAAUGCAACAACAAUCCCCCUACCUCCUGCACCACACCUGCAACAACAACCCUCACAACAUUCGCAAAAUGCCGCCUCCGAGGCGCUCACGUCCAAUCUCAUGGCGUCCGUCCAGGACAUCAUGGCUCGCGCCGAAGCAGAAGGUCGAGAGCCGGAUGAGGACGAACUUCGUGCGGCAGUUAGUCGUACCGUGCUGGAGGGUGUGGUGCAGGGAUUCGACAUGAGCGAGGCGGAUAAUGGUGCGCGUGAAGAGUCGGCGGAGAAGAGGCAGCGAGGUGAUGGAGGUACUUGAGGAGCAGACCGAGCAGGGGCUGUACUGUACUUGUAUCGGCCUGUGUCCGUGUGUAUCUACUAUUCACCGGCAUGACCGCCAGAAAAGGGUCGCUGGCUUCUCAUCCAUUUGACGUCUGA